AACAUUCGCAGUCUGUUGUUUUUCGCGCGUACUAUGGUGUUCCUUUGUUUUCGUUAUUGAACGUGAGUGAUGUUAGCGAUGGAGUGGUUAGAAGACGAUGUAAUGCUAUUAAUUGAAGAGUACAGACACCACAGAUGCCUAUGGGAUCCAAGAGAUCCAGAAUUUAAAAUGCACACCAGAAAAAAUGAAGCUUGGCAAGAAAUUGCGGAAGCACUGAAAGUGCCAUCUGAGGAAGUGAAGAAGAAAAUUAACUCCCUACUUGCUUCCUUUAGGAGAGAAAGAAGGAAAGAGGCCGCCACCUCGGGAAUGCCUGCAGGCAAGAAAUACCGUUCCGGCUGGUUUGCCUUCAAAUCGAUGUCAUUCCUGCUUGAUAAAGUUGGAUGGACAAAAGGCAGAUGCUCAGAGCAAAGCGAUCCACUAAUUGUGGGGUGCCACAGCUGCAUCAUCAUAUGGGAGAACACAGUUGAAGAGGUUGAUAUAGAUGUGACAAGUUUGGAAGGGUCUGAAGAUGAGGGAACAAGUAAUGACAUUGUCCUACAAACAGAAUAUCCUGCAUCAGAUGAAGUACAUGUAGGGGAUGUAGAAGAACCUCCAAGAAAGAAGUGUAGAAAAGGAGAUGCAUAUGAUGAAGCUGCUGCUGAUCUGAACAUGAUCAUUAAUAUAAUUGACACCAUCAGAAACAAAAAACAAGCUACAAACAACAAGAAACAAGAAAAAAAGUCACCACGUGACAUAUUUUCUGAUUAUGUGGCAUUUAAAUUGAAAACCUACAAUAACCAUGUACAGAACAUAGUUCAGUUUAAAAUUCAUGAAGUGUUCUUCCAGGCAGAUAUGGGCAAUUUUGACAGCCCCUCUACCACAACAAACCAGCAAACUGAAAUUAUUCAGCCCUCUCCAUCUUCUUCCACCAUAACUAUUGACACAAACGAUACAAAACAUUCCGAUACUGUGGUACACACACUUUUGCUAUAGUUUUUAUUUCCAACUAUAGAUAUUUUCAUAUACUCAAUAUUUAAUUUAUUUAAGAGAAGACAGAAAAAUAAAUGUCUUUGAGAGUAAACAGGUAAUAUUGAUUAAUACGAAAUUAGAAUAUGUUAAAGAUCUGAUCAUUAUCGUGACCUAUGUUUCAAGUGUUUGUAAUUAUGUCACAUUUUUGCUAUCAUUUUAUGAGACUUCAUUAUACUAAUGAAAUGAAUAAAAAUCAUUCCCUCCAUUGUGCUACCACCCAUCUAACAAACUGUAAAGCACGUGAUAUCAAAUACCCUGUAAGACGAUGUGCCUCCACAACUCGGUGCAUCUGGCUGUCUUGCGGAAGACCUGGGAUUGAUCACCAGUACUGCCAGGGAUAUUUCCUUGGUGGGAGGACAGGGACAACAUGCAAUAAGCUUUGUGAUGCCAGUUGAGGAGUUACUUGAUUGAUAAGUAAUGGUUCCAAAGUCAAGAAAUCCAGCAGCAGCUGGGAGAGCAGUGUGCUGACCCCAUGACCCUCCAUACUACAUCCAAAUGACACCAUUGGCAGAGAACGACAUGGCGGUUAGUAGCCCCUGAUUGGGUUGUCUGAGCCAGAACCUGGAUCUUCCAUUUGCUAUA